CUCAACUUGCCUCCACUCCGACUCUUUCGCGCAGACGCGGUCUGUCAGCAGGUGUCAGUGCUGCGAACGAGGUUCAUCAUUCCAGUCAAACUGCUCGACUCGGUAUGGUGCACCGGCAAUGUGUCGUGCAGCGCGUACCCAGCACGCGGUAGCAGGAUCGGAAUGCUUUUUCUGCAUCCGUUGUCGCGAUACUCCUCUCGAACUGAAGGGCUGCAAUCCUCGACAAGAUAAGUUUUCCCCCGCUAGGGUAUUCGAGAAGGCAAACGUCACACGUGAAUGCCGAGCAACACUGUUGGACGAGUUCGUAUGGAACAGUCUCGCCUUACUAUCACAGCGGGGGCUGCGUGUGGUCUUGCCUGGUGCACGCCGACAAGGCGUUCCGAGUGUUCCAACGUGUGCUGUAAGUAGGCAAUCGUAGCAUUGGAAAAGGCUUUACAAUCAAGCCAAACGCCUCGCAUCUCUGAAGGCUCUAACAGCAGCUGCCCCGACGUGUCUGGUGUCUGGGAGUCUCCGACUUCUUGUCUGAUCAGCCAGGGACCGCAUCGAGAUCUGGUGCAGGGGUUCCACAUUCGGCGUCCGUGGGCCGUCGACCCCUGCCGGUCAACGCCCAGUUGGGAAGCUUUGACAUGGCUCCGACAGUUGUCUUUGUUCGUAACACGCACCCUUCUGAACAACUCCGACUGCCACCUUGCUGGCAAGACCCUAUCUCGUCGACUCGUUCCUUUCUUUCCUGGUCAGUGCUCAAGGACCGACAGUUGGUGACACGAAAGGCUGUGGGGAAAGCACGCUCUCAGCUUCUCUCUCAUGGAUCCAUGGCCCGUUUCCAUGUCGUGUGUAGGGCUCUCAUAUACUUUGGGGCGUGCCGUCUGGACGCCGCACGCUUUCGGGACCCCUUCGACUCAAUUUCCUUUCCCCAGACAACGAUGUCCAUGUCUCUGAACUAAAAACCACCACUAUGACGAGCGAGGUGUCGGCGAGCGGUGGUGGUGGUGGGAUGAAUGCACGCAACGGAUCCUCGUUGGAGAUUCUUACUCUGGCUUUAGUGGGAAUCUCUUUCGUCGUGGUGCUCGUGCGUGGGCUGGCUAGAUCUCGCAUCAGUCGAGUCGUCGAGCUUUCAGACAUCCUUUUGCCUUUGACUUUGCUCGUGGCCAUUGCCCAGAGCGUCUGUGUUCGAUUGUCCCUGUCGAACGGGCUGGGUAGACAUGUGGCCUCGUUGAAUUCAGGCGAGAUCUCGCAAGUCGAGAAGCUCAUAUACGCCAGCAACCUUCUCUUCCAGCUCGUACUCUCCAUGUGCGAAGUCAUUGUGGUACUGCUCAUCAAGAGUGUCCAGCCACAGCGGCCAAUCCGGAUCAGCUGCAAUGUCCUGCUUGGAUGCAUUGGAGUGUACUCUACGCUUGCACUUGCAAUCCUUGCCUUUCAAUGCUCGUUACCGCAGCCGUGGCUGGUUGGUUUGGAUAGAUGCGUUGACCGACAAACGUUUUUGACCUCAUUCAUUAUUAUCAGCAUCGUCAUGGAUGCUGUUACGCUCAUUCUCCCGAUUGUCAUGGUGUUCAAGCUCAAGACGCCGCGAGACAAGAAGAUCUUCGUGUGCAUUCUGUUUGGAACUCGUAUCGCACUUCCGCUGGUCACCAUACCACAGAUCUACCGGCUCAAAACCGUACUGGUUUCGCAAGACCCGACAUGGGAUCUGGUGUCUUUCCAGAGUUGGGUGCAGAUUGUCAUGAAUCUUAGCAUCAUCACGGCCUGUCUGCCCUCGCUAGGCCGCAUGAUGUGGGAAUUGAAGAGUCUAGGAUCUGGAAUCAGAACGACGUGGACAGGCAUGGGAGGAGCUCCAAGGUCUAACUCGAGGGAUUUCGGGCAUGAGCUUGGAUUGGAGGACGACAACAACGGCCUGGCGCCGGCAGACCAUUAUUACCAACAACAUCACCUGAACAAAGAAGGCUACCAGUUUCAAGAGAAACCACCUCUCUACUAUCUACAGCAGCCGAGUCCGGCGUUGUCUUCCGCUGGCGAGAAGGGCGCGACGAGUUGGAGCGACCAAGUCCUGGUGCAGGUCCGGAGUAUCGGAAGCUUUGAGAGCUUCGAAUCCAGCAACACCUUGGUGCCUCUGGAACAGCAGCAGAAACAGUAUCAGCAACAACAACAGCACCAACAGUAUCGGCAUCAAGACCAGAAGACAACCAUCGUCGCGCAGGACGCGCAGGAGAAAGGAAUUCCAGUGCCCGUGCAACCUGAGCCGACCGCAACAGCUGCUUCGGUCUACUAUCUCCCGCGCCGGCCGCAACACCAUUACCGUCGCCCUCCGUACGGCACACUGCUGUCUCCUGUGUUGGAGCGGUCGCCUGCUCUGGGAGCAGAGUUGCCUCAAACAAGUGACCCUCACGGAUGGACAGCCAAUACUGCCACCCUCGAACUGCCGCCACCACCGGCGUAUUCGCGAUCUCCAUCCCCAUUGUCUCAACCUCAUUUCCAGCCUCGACCCCCUGGAUCACCGGUCGUGCCUUGGGACGCAGCAAGCUCACUCUACGAUGAAGAUUUCUCCGAAAUCGACAUCGACAGUUAUUACAUGGGCAACUUGAACACGCAGAUCUCGCAGUCGUACCAUCCCAGUCGCACGGAGCUGGUCUUGGACAGUAUGAUUGAGGAUCUGCAGAGGGAGAAUGCUGCGGCUGCGAAGCCUGGCCCGAGGGUCCAGGACGGCUGGAUAUAAAUACAUGGGUAUUAUGCAUAUAUGUGUACAUCCAGUACCAGACCAUAUCUAGGAGGGCCUUUAGAUGGUCGGUCGACCCUGGUGACGCUCACGCACGACUGACGCUUUAAUGCAUCAAUGUCUUGAAAUGAAUCAUGGACAAGGAUACAGUGCUCAAUCCUUGAUGUGGACUCGUUAGGUAGCCUUUACCUAGCUAGGUGCCUAUGAGUUUACGUCUACACUUGCAGUAGGAUGGACACAUCACUCGCAGGUUCUGUAGAGGACUUUCAGAGUCGAAUUCCACAUAGUUUGCACAAUUAACAGUGUUAGCAAUACGCUCUGUUUGCUAUUGUUACAGGACUC